AUGAAAUCACCUUUUGAAGGCUUUAAAGAAAAAGUACGAAGAAUAAAACUUGAAGGUUAUGCAUUGGCUUAUGUUUAUCAAGAUGAACGAACUCCAUGGUAUGCUAAACUAUCAAUUGUAAUAACUCUUGGCUAUUUGUUAAGUCCAAUUGAUCUAAUACCAGAUUUCAUUCCUGUUUUGGGUUAUUUGGAUGAUCUUAUUCUUGUUCCAUUAUUAAUUCUCUUAUCAAUUAAAUUAAUACCAAAGGAUAUUUUAAAAGAAUGUCGAGAAAAGGCUCAAAGCCAAUUAAAUAAGACAAAACAGUCGAAAGAAACAGCCUGGUGGUUUACUAUUAAAUCAAUAAUUAAGCAUUUAAAAAAUGUUGAAAUUGUUAAUCAUUAA